AGGUGAAGAGACCAACGUGAGAAAGAAGAACAAGACUUUCUACCUCGCGACAACGAAAGACAACCAAAAGAAUUAUUAAAAUGUCAUCAUCAAAAGGCAUUGCUGUAGGAAUUGAUCUGGGCACUACCUACUCCUGUGUAGGGGUGUUUCAGCACGGAAAAGUUGAGAUUAUUGCCAAUGACCAGGGCAACAGGACCACCCCCAGUUAUGUGGCUUUCACAGACACAGAGAGGCUGAUCGGAGAUGCUGCUAAGAACCAAGUGGCCAUGAACCCCAGCAACACGGUAUUUGAUGCCAAAAGGCUGAUUGGGAGGAAGUUUGACGAUGCAGUUGUGCAGUCUGACAUGAAGCAUUGGUCCUUCAAGGUGACAAGUGAUGGAGGGAAGCCAAAAGUACAAGUUGAAUACAAAGGGGAGGAGAAAUCCUUCUACCCAGAAGAGAUCUCCUCAAUGGUGCUGGUCAAAAUGAAGGAAAUUGCUGAGGCUUACUUGGGACAGAGGGUGUCUAAUGCAGUCAUCACAGUACCUGCCUACUUUAACGACUCUCAGCGCCAGGCCACCAAGGAUGCUGGAGUGAUCGCUGGACUGAACGUGCUGAGAAUCAUCAACGAGCCCACAGCUGCCGCCAUCGCCUACGGCCUUGACAAAGGCAAGUCAGGAGAGCGUAACGUCCUGAUCUUUGACCUGGGUGGAGGCACCUUCGACGUGUCCAUCCUGACCAUUGAAGACGGUAUCUUUGAGGUGAAGGCCACAGCCGGAGACACCCACCUGGGAGGGGAAGACUUUGACAAUCGCAUGGUCAACCACUUUGUGGAAGAGUUCAAGAGGAAAUACAAGAAGGACAUCAGCCAGAACAAGAGGGCCCUGAGGAGGCUGCGCACAGCAUGUGAGAGGGCCAAGAGAACCUUGUCUUCCAGCUCUCAGGCCAGCAUUGAGAUCGACUCCCUGUAUGAAGGCACCGACUUCUACACUUCCAUCACCAGGGCUCGCUUUGAAGAGUUGAACUCUGAUCUCUUCAGGGGAACCCUAGAGCCUGUGGAGAAAGCCCUGCGAGAUGCCAAGAUGGACAAGUCUCAAAUCCAAGACAUUGUCCUUGUGGGUGGCUCCACCCGAAUCCCCAAGAUCCAGAAACUCCUGCAAGAUUUCUUCAAUGGCAGAGAGCUGAACAAGAGCAUUAACCCAGAUGAGGCGGUGGCAUAUGGCGCUGCAGUUCAGGCUGCCAUCCUCACAGGCGACACAUCUGGUAACGUUCAAGACUUGCUGCUUCUGGAUGUAGCACCACUGUCUUUGGGCAUCGAGACGGCAGGUGGAGUCAUGACUGCCCUUAUCAAACGCAACACCACCAUCCCCACCAAACAGACCCAGACCUUCAGCACUUAUGCAGACAACCAGCCUGGUGUCCUUAUCCAAGUGUACGAGGGUGAAAGGGCAAUGACAAAAGACAACAACCUACUUGGGAAGUUUGAGCUCACAGGUAUCCCACCAGCACCACGUGGGGUCCCUCAGAUCGAGGUGACCUUCGACAUCGAUGCAAAUGGCAUCCUGAACGUGUCAGCAGUGGACAAGAGCACAGGCAAAGAGAACAAAAUCACCAUCACCAACGACAAGGGCCGUCUGAGCAAAGAGGAGAUUGAGAGGAUGGUGCAAGAUGCAGAGAAAUACAAAGCAGAGGAUGAAGUUCAGAGAGAGAAGAUUGCUGCCAAGAACAACCUGGAGUCCUAUGCCUUCAACAUGAAGAACAGCGUAGAGGAUGAGAAAAUCAAAGACAAGAUCAGUGAGGAUGACAAGAAGAAGGUCAUUGAGAAGUGUAACCAGGCCGUCACCUGGCUGGAGAACAACCAGCUGGCCGACAAGGAAGAAUAUGAGCAUCAGCUGAAGGAGCUGGAGAAAGUUUGCAGCCCCAUCAUCACCAAGCUGUAUCAGGGAGGGAAGCCAGCAGGAGGCUGUGGAGCUGAGGCUGGAUCAGAGGCCAGUUCUCAGGGACCCACCAUUGAGGAGGUGGAUUAAAAAAAUAGACUUGACGUAGCGAGUGAAUUGUUCUUUUCGGGUGACAGGUUUUCUUAAAUACAAGCCAUUAUCUGUGUUACUGUAUAUUCUAAAUUUGUUCUACGCCGGGUUUACGGAUGAUAUUUGUUUUUUCACGGACUGUCAGUAAGAACAUAUUUUCACAUAUCUGAUCUUUGAGAGAAAAGUGAGGAUGACAAGAAGAAGGUCAUUGAGAAGUGUAACCAGGCCGUCACCUGGCUGGAGAACAAGGAAGAAUAUGAACAUCAGCUGAAGGAGCUGAAGAAAGUUUGCAACCCCAUCAUCACCAAGCUGUAUCAG